AUGGGAUGGAAGUUUUGGAAUAAUAUAAAGACUGAAAGGACACCAUUACUGAAUCAAAAUAAUGAUUCGUUAAUUGAUGGACAGCAGAACCAGAACCAACAACUAGAACCCGUAAUACAUCAACUUCCACACGCCGUAUUAGAACCUAUAAUUGAUGUACGUGGUAAUGUUGCACCUACACCAACAUUGAUUGAAACACCAUCGACAUGGAGUAAUUUUGUGGUUCGACUACGAAACAUUCAAUCAAAGAGUCAAAGAGAGGAUGGUGGAUACUAUGACGAUGCAUCAUUCUCUGGUACACCACCACACGUAGGUGGUGAUGGAGACGACGAUAAUGACGGAUUCUUUAAUGAAGAUCGUCGUGAAAAGGUUAGAUCUAAAUUCAAGAUGAUCAAGAAACGGUUGCCAUACUAUGUACCAAUAUUCAAUUGGCUACCAAAAUACAAUCGACAGAAUUUGGUCAAUGAUGCAGUGGCUGGUGUUACAACUGGUAUCAUGUUGGUACCACAAUCGAUGGCAUAUGCAUUGUUGGUUGGUAUUCCAUCUAUCUAUGGUCUCUAUACUGGUUUGGUACCUAUUCUAUUCUAUGUUAUAUUUGGAACAUCUAGACAACUUGGUGUUGGUCCCGAGGCAGCUGUAUCUCUUAUCGUUGGAGAUACACUCAGACAGAUUAGUGAGGCCAAUGACGUACCCCUAACAAUUACAGAGAUGGUCGAACAAGCCAAUAUCCUUGCAUUCAUAGUUGGCAUUGUUUCAUUAGUAUUGGGUCUACUUCGAUUUGGAUUCCUCAGUGAAGUAUUAUCGCGUCCCUUGGUAAGAGGCUUCAUCCUAGCUAUUGCUCUCACCAUCAUAUUCGAUCAACUUGACACUCUACUAGGUCUCUCUGGUAUCACUGGUAGUUCUUGGGCUAAAAUCCCAGAUAUUUUUGAUAACCUACAUAAAGCUCAUCCUCUAUCUUGUAUAAUGAGUAUUUGUAGUAUUAUCUCUUUAAUUGUUAUGAAUACUAUAAAAAAGAAAAUGCCAGAAAAGAGAACAAAGAUCAUUCAUCAUAUAGUAUUUUUUAUACCAAGUAUAUUGGUGGUUGUAGUUGCAGGUAUUGCAAUUACAAGUGGAUUUAAAUUAUAUGACCGAGGAUUAAAAGUACUUGGUUAUGUUGAUACUAGUUUCCCUAUUCCACAGCUACCACGGUUGAAUCAAUGGAGUCAAUCGAGCGCACCUCAUUUCACAGUGCUCGGACGUAUCACUGACAAUGACACGUUCCAACAACAACACAACAAACUUUCACAGAGUCAACAGACACACCACCAACAACUUGUUGGCAAAUACAAAGAUAUUACUAUAUUCACAGAGGCCAAACAAAUCGAUGGCAUCAUUAUCAUUCGUGUCGAAGAGAGUCUCUAUUUCUCAAAUAUUGGCCAGGUCAAAGACAUCCUCUUUAGAAUCGAAAAUAUGGGUAGUGCAUCAUCACAUCCUUCCGAACUCAAAGAAGAGGAUGAACCACUACGAGGCGUCAUUUUCGAUAUGCGUAGCAUCCCCGUUGUCGAUGCCAGUUCACUACAAACACUUCAUGAAAUGGUCAGUUCAUAUCGCAAACGUGGUGUCAUUGUAUGUUUUAUCAAACUGCGCGACUCUCUCAAAGUAACCUUUUUAAGAGCUGGAUUCUUUGAUCUCAUUGGUAUCGAAUCAUUUUUCAAUAAUAUAAACGAGGCUGUUCAACGCAUUCAAAAUGGAUAUAGAGUAAAAUCUUCUUAUUCAUCUUAUACUCAUCAACCAAGUAAUAAUACUCAACAACAACAGGAACAACAACAACAACAACAACAACAAAAUUAUAAUACUUUUUAA